AGAAAAAUUUGGGAUGGAUAAUAAAGGAAAAAGCAAAAUCUCGGGAGUGAGAUCACGACGUGAACGCCAAGCACAAGCUAGAUGCAGUAACUCAUCAGCAGACGAAGAUCAAGGGGAUCUCCACUUGCCGGUUAGCGCUGCCGCUCCACCACCAGGAACUUCAUACAGCUCAGAUGAAACACUGAAGGCUUAUGAGUGUGAAGCUAAAGGUACCAUGAGAAGUGUCAGAUUUCCUCCUGAUGAUGACUAUGCUGAAGCUACGGAUUGCACCUUAACAGAUGUGACACCUAAUGAAGACACAGACCAGUGCUGUUACCACGACAAUAGAGCCAGUUUCUUUAGCAACGCUUCAGAAGGGGACGUGGAAAGCGACGGGGAUGGUAUCAGUUCUGAACAGCUUCUAAAAGUUGUAGACAAUUAUUUAAAGAAUAAACCAUGGGAUACGCACUCUAAUGAUUCGGCACACAGCAUUGGCAGUAGUCGGAGCAGCCUCACAUUAACAGAAACCGAGCAAGAAGGACGGGAUUCUAGUGACCAACAUGAGACAGGUGUGAAUAUUUUCACGAAUAACAGCACAUUGCCCAGUACGAAUAAGACCGCAAAUCUGCCCAGACCGGCAAAUUCUCUACCUGUAAGUCAUUCAAGCCGUUCAUCGGGGGCCACCAGUUCGCUGCCAAGAUUUGAUCCACCACCUCCUCCAUUGCCAGAGAGAAAUCUCCCAGUUCUCAGCACGUCCGUGCCAUCACCUGUGUUACCACCUCCAGUUGUCGUUCCAGCUGCUCCUGUCUUGGCAACGUCGGCCACACCAAACACUUACACUAUGGGGUUACCACAAACUGAUCAUCGGACCUAUCAAAGUAUACAAUCUUUACAAGGGCAACCACGGAACACUAUGCAGCAAGAAGAAAGAUAUUUUCCUCUUCCUUCUGUCCGCAGCAGCCAGGUAGAUUAUCCUUCUGCUACCAUGGCAACCACAACUGUUGCCCUUCCUCCUUUCACCAGGGCGCUGCAUAACGACAUCCGACCGAGUGCAAAGAUACAGCAAGUCAAGCGCAGUAAGAAGAAGCAAAGCAAGUUACAGAAAGUUUGCGGUUUCUGUCAUUGGAAGUGUCUGGCAGUGGUGUUCAUGUUUAUUACAUUACUUCUUGCAGCAACAGUCGCCUACUUUAUAGCGGUGAGAGCUCUGGAUGUAAAUUGGAAAUUUGAUGAACAGCCGAUUGGUGACGGUGAUUACGGUGUAUUCGAAGAUACAACAGAGAGUAGUGUAACAACGAAUCUGUUUACUACAGGUAAACCAAUAGAAAAGAUGUCUCCUACAGUAUCACCAGUGUUUCUUACCGGGCAAUCAGUGCAAAAACUCGUUCCUCCAGGAAAGUACUUCAGAACUAUUUUAUACAUAAAAACUGCUAAAUACGUGGAGUUUAAUUUAUCUGUGCCAAACGACUCUCAACUUGUCAUGUACGGCAAGAAAGGAGACGAGCCAACUCACACAAAGUUUGAUUUUAUGCAAGUAUUUGAGAAGAGUCUGAACAGGGACUAUGAAAAUGAGCAAGAGAGACAAACACGGAGUGGUGAACAGGUGUAUGAUCCUAUUCCAGAAACGUUGCGGUUUCAAUUUCAAAAUAGGAAGGACUUGCGUAAAAGGGACUUGACAGAAGGAAUUAGAGAAACGAUCGAAUCGAAACUUUUUUUGAAUUCGAGGAGACGGAGAAGCACCUCGACAACUGUGAACUCAGAAAUAUUUACUCAUUAUAUGCUGCCCGGCCACUGGUAUUUAGCGGUGUUCAAUGAUGGAUCAACACCACAACAAAUAAUACUAAAUGCAAAUAACUAUGUAGCUCCUACUACAGAGACUGACGCAGAGUGUCCUAAUGGUUGCCAUGGUAAUGGACGUUGUGUCGAUAGUAAAUGCGAUUGCUAUCCCGCAUACACCGGUGAUGAUUGCUCCUUAGGUGUAUGUCCUGUACUUUGUUUUGGCCGGGGUAUAUAUGAUGGCGGUGUCUGUCAAUGUGAGCCAGAGUGGAAAGGACCCGAAUGUACAGUACCAAACUAUGAAUGUAUCAUACCAGAUUGUAAUGGUCAUGGCGAGUGUAUUGACGGUGUGUGUCUGUGUGAACAACGUUUUAAAGGCGAAUUCUGUGAACUUGUGGAUUGUCUGGAUCCAUCGUGUUCAGGUCAUGGUGUCUGUUUCGAAGGUCAAUGUCACUGUGGACAUGGAUGGAUGGGUGAUUCUUGUGAUAAACCUGUACCAGUUGAGGUGAUUGAAACCACCGUGUGCCCGUCUCUGCCCAUAGAGGACACAGAGGUAGGGGAGACUUUAGACACAGACAGAGUCUGCCAUGGAAGGGGUUACUAUGACAACAGUAUUGGUAGAUGCAUUUGUGAUGAUGACUGGGGAGGACGAGAUUGCUCUCACAGUAUCUGUGAUGAAGACAGUGAUUGCGGCCCCAACCAAGAAUGCCAGAUGUCGUCAUGUGUUUGUAUGGAAGGCUGGACCGGAUCAGAAUGUCAGACCCAGAAAUGUAAGGUGCCGUGCUCCAUUCAUGGACUAUGUAUUGAUACAGUGUGUCGCUGUGAUCCGGGCUGGAAUGGAUGGCUGUGUUCCAAUGAGGGGUGUCCCAAUUCCUGUAAUGGACAGGGUGAAUGUACAUUGGUAAAUGACGACUGGCAGUGUGUAUGCAAUGCACAGUGGAAGGGACAUGACUGUAGUAUUGGUAUUGAAGACAGAUGUAAUGAUAGAAAAGAUAAUGACUUAGAUAAUCUUGUUGAUUGCCAGGACCCUGAUUGUUGCAGUGCAAUGAAUUGUAUUUCUGAUGGAUUGUGUAAAAGUGUUCCUGAUCCAUCGUCCCUGAUUAAACUGAGAGAUGAUGUUCCACCCAAUGCUCCUUUUUAUGACCAUGUUAGUUUCUUAACAGAGCCAAGUAGUGUCCAACUCAGUUCUAUGCCAUUUGCAUUUACAGAAAGCAUGUACAGAGUAUCGGUAGUUCGUGGUCGCGUAGUGACUACAGAUGGAAGUCCACUGAUUGGUGUCACUGUCAGAAUAAAAGAUCUGCCAUUGUUUGGUUUCACCUAUUCCAGGAUUGACGGGAUGUUUGACUUGAUAGUACGAGGUGGCGGCUCAGUUACUGUUCAGUUCAGCCGUGACCCAUUUGAGACAUCCUACCAAUCGGUUUUCGUCCCGUGGAAUGACUUUGUUGUUGUGGAUGAUGUUACCAUGUCAACAUACUUUGGCAACAGAGAUCUUCAGCCGUGUGGUAAAACUCUACAAAAACCAGAUGUUGUCUUUUUGAGUGAAACCUCCAGUGAAAAGGGUUCAUGUCUUUCAGCCGUGCUGGCUGACAUCCAGGCUGUUCAUGAAGAAAUCCGUAUCCCAGAUACACCCAUCAGUUUGGUUUAUCAUAGCAACAAGGCUCCUGGUUACCAGACUCUUCUUCAUCUUCAACUCACUCCUCCACAGUUUGUGGAAAAGCUGUCGCGAGUGCAUCUACGGAUAACGGUGCAGGGUCGAGUGUUCAGCAAGAUAUUCAUAGCGCAUCCAGAUCUGAGGUAUACUUAUGGAUGGGAUAAGUUUAAUGUGUAUGGAGAAAAAUCGUAUGGUAUCGUCAUGGCUACAGUUUCCGUUGGAUACGAGUAUGAUGGUUGUGGUUACAUAUUAUGGGAUAGGAAGAUGGCCGAGCUUGCUGGUUAUGACAUUGUCACAACUGCCAUGGCAGGAUGGCGAAUCAAUCUCCAUCAUGGCUUCAAUGUUUGGAAGGGUUCGGUUAAUAAUGGAGACGGCACGGACAUUCGAGUACCGAAAGACAAACCCCCACUCAUUAUGUCUGUGAUGGGUAAUGGUAAAAGCCGUGACAUAGAAUGUUCCAACUGUGAAGGAAAAGCCAAAGGCAAUAAAGUAUUGGCACCAGUCGCUGUAGCUAGCUCACCUGAUGGAAGUCUGUUUGUUGGUGAUUAUAACUUCAUAAGAAAAAUUCAGCCCAAUGGUAAUGCUACUAAUAUUUUAAAGAUGCAUUACCUGCCGACUCAUAAAUACUAUCUAGCAGUGAGUCCAUUGGAUAAUUCCGUGUACAUGGCUGAUAGUCAAACUAGACAAAUUCUCAAACUGCGCUACCUUGUACCACCAAUUGAUGUUAAUGAUAAUAUAGAAUUGAUAGCUGGCACUGGAGCACAGUGUUUACCAUUAGAUAAUAAUCAGUGUGGUGAUGGUAGACAAGCAAGAGAAGCUAAACUUAUUGGACCAAAAGGUUUAACUAUUUCAUCAGAUGGGUCUAUAUACUUUAUUGAUGGAUCAGUGAUUAGAAUGAUUAAUACAGAUGGUAUUAUUUCUACUUAUAUGGGAUCACAUGACACCAUAGAUUCACCAAGACCAUUCCGGUGUCAAGGAACAAUGACAUUUGAUGAGGUGCAAUUAGAAUGGCCGAUAGACAUUGCAGUCAAUCCUGUAGAUGGGUCACUCCACGUCCUUGAUAAUAACAUAAUCCUGAAACUGACACCUGAUAAAAAAGUGUCAAUCGUAGCAGGAAAACCAGUGCACUGUAUUUCAUACUUUAAUCAAUCAAGAUCCGUCAUUGAAGAAUUUUCUAUAUUUGACCAAUCAGAUGCUUUGCUUGCACGUGGUGACUUUCUCAGUAAAGCACUCGCAAUAGCGUUCUCACCGACGGGUGAACUAUACGUGACCGAGACCAACAGUAGAUUUAUUAACAGGGUUCGGAAAAUCACCACUGAUGGGAGAAUUGUGCUGUUUGCUGGUGGUGUUUCACAAUGUGAUUGCAGUACCGAGGAUUGCGACUGCUUCAUUGGUGAUGAAAUAGUUGCUAAGCACUCCAUGUUGCACAUACCAACCGCCAUCACCGUUGCCCCUGACAACACUCUGUACAUUGCUGAUCAGGGUAAUCUUCGUAUCCGCUCCGUCUCUCCAAAUAUGCCACAGCCUCGCCAUGGAAAACAGUACGAUGUCGAGUCGCCAAUCAGACAAGAAAUGUAUGUGUUUAAUAAUGAUGGCAAACAUAUUAUGACCCGGGACGUGGUGACUGAUGAAAUUGAAUUGAAUUUCACUUACACUGAUAAUAAUGAACUGAAGAAUAUAAUAGCUACUGCUGGUGGUAUUUUCAAAAUAAAUAGAGAUAUUAAUGGAAUAGCAACAUCUUUCACAUCACCCGACAAUGACAGAUAUGAAGUUAUCAUGAAUUCUGAUGGGUACUUGCAAUCAGUUCUAACAACUAGCGGGAAAAUUAUGUCCACAUUUAGUUACCAUGGCGAUAGUGGGCUCCUAGCAACCAGAAAAGAUGGAAAUAUACUCACUAAAGUUUACAGGUAUGAUCAGUAUGGUCGCUUGGAUUCCAUCGGAUAUUCCAAUGGUGAUGUAACUCAGUUAGAGUCAGCAAUUAGCCUGGAAGGAGCAAGCACCAAGAUCACCCCUAGCAACCGAAUAAAGGUUAAGCUUAUGUCAGAGGUCAUGCCCUGGAUUACAAGGUUCCAAGAAAAAAGAGCUGACCAAAUUAUGAACAUCACGCUGUCACCGAAUGGGUCGACUUUAGUGACAUAUCCCAAUGGAGUGGAAGUAGAACUCGAAUCUGAAACUUAUCCAACAAUGGAGGAAACAAGCCCCGUGUUGACAAAGAGAAAAAUCACUUUACCAUCGGGCAAUGUGCAUCGGUUAGAAUGGAGGUUUUAUGUCAGACGUGGCGGUAGAAAGAGUAAAAGAACAGUUCAAGUUGUUGGAAGACGUCUACGGAUUAACGGUAUCAAUGCAUUAACUCUUGAAUACAACCGAUACACGAAAACCGAGACGCUACACGAUGCGGACAAUGAACCUCAGCUGAUAAUAUCACAUGAUAGUCAAGGUCUUCCAACCGAAUGGCAACCGAGCAAUGGUAUGAAGUCUGUGUUUGUGGAUUACAACCAGCAAGGGAGGGUCAGCUCAUGGCGUAAUGGCGUGUUGUAUAUGAUUGUGGAAUACGAUAACGAUGGGCGUGUCAGUGCCAAGCAUUAUAGUGGUGGCUCUGAAAUUAGAUUUAUGUACAUUGCUGGUAAAAAGCCCACUACUGUGAUUCUACCACUUGGACAGGAAUAUCAUCUAAGCUACAAGUCGGGACAAUUAUCAUCAGUCACAUCUCCGUCAAAGACAACUUACAGUUUAGAUAGACUUGCACUGGUUGGUAACUAUAGAAACAUCUUCUUCAUCAAUGAUACACAAUGGUUGAUAGAAGACCGUCUCAACACAGGAGCAAUUUCCAAGAUCUUGUAUCCUGGCAACAAAAGAAGAGUUACUUAUCUGUAUAACAACCAGGGCAUGAAAAGUGUAAUGCUGCAUGAUGAAGUAGUUGUCAAGUUUGACUAUUAUCGAUUUGAAGGACAGAUUAAAAGUAUUGAGAUGAAAGAUUCAUAUCUCAAGAACGUACUGCGCUAUAAAUAUCAUGGCCCAUUACCGAAAGAACAGACGAUGCGAUUCAAUGAAGAUGGGUUCAUCGGUGUGGAAUAUCGCUAUUCGUAUGAUAAUAAUUUCAAGAUAGCAUCUGUGCAGUCUGAUUUUGAUGGUCAUUCUUCACUGUUUUGUAAUUAUACAUACCACAUUGAGAAAGGUCAUCCGGUACAAUAUUGUAAUUAUACAGUGAUUCAGAUGGAAUGGUUUGCUGUCGUACUCGCUCACGGCGAGUCCACGAUCACAAAACAGUUUGACCAGUAUGGGCGUCUUAUCAUCUAUCAGCUGCAGAUCAAGAACGAGGAAGUCUACAAAAUGAUUGUGAAAUACAACAACAUUAGUUACAUUUCAGAAAGCCAACUGAAUACUCUGAAUGACCAAGUCAAGUUGAACUUUCUAUAUGACCAAAAUGGGCAAAUUUUGGAAGUGAAUGCUGGGAACUGGUUGUCAUGGCAAUAUUCCUAUGACAACAAUGGAAACUUGGUCAACUUGAAAUAUAAUGAUGAUAAUCAAUUCUUGCAUUAUGAUUCUCGUGACCGUAUUAUACAGUUUGUUGAUACUGCGUAUAAAAUUGAUGAUGAUGGAUUUUUGAUUCAAAGAGGUCAGGAAACAUUUCGUUACGAUUCCAAGGGAAAUCUUGUGCAUGCAUUAAAGGUUGGUGGAAAUGAAGUUUGGUAUCAUUAUGAUGGUCUCAACAGACGAGUGGUUCAAGCAGAUAACCGUGGCAACAGAGUACAGUAUUUCUAUGGUGAUAUUGAAUACCCUAAUCGUGUGACCAAUAUUUACGAUAAGUCUUCUCGUGAACUAUUGACAUUGAUCUAUGACUUACAAGGCUUUUUAAUGGCAAUCAGAGAUGGCAGUCGGCAGUACUAUGUAGCAACGGAUCAAUCUGGGAGUCCUGUUGCCGUCUUCAAUAAUAGAGGGGAAUUACUGAAACAGGUUGUGUACAGCCCAUAUGGAGAGAUUAUUCAGAACACAGCACCUAACUUCAAGCUUCAUCUGGGGUUCAGAGGUGGUAUCCAUGACGAAUUCACCGGGUUUGUACAUUUCCCAGAAGGUGACUACGACCCUGUGAUUGGACGAUGGAUCAACCCACAGUUUGAUGCUAUGUGGAGAUGGGCAACACAAACAAACAAACAUCCUGCUCUGAAUGUAUACAUCUACAAUGGCAACAACCCAGUAAAUGAUAAUAUUGGAGAGUUCCAGUUCAUGACAGACCUGAAGAAUUGGUUACCAGUGUUGGGUUUCAGUUUAACCACGAUGGUGCCGCAUACAGAUAAGAAUGGUGAAAUAACGCGCAAUUAUCAACAAUGGGGAAAAUCCACCAAUGAUGUAUGUAAUAGCCAGUUUACUUCCACUGUGGAAUGCAUUGCUUCUAAUCUCAUGGAUUCAUUGAACAAUCAUCUCUACUCAUUACCCACAAUGCAACUCUUUGAUGAUCCAGUAAUUGACCGAAUAGAAACCAGAACCAGUGAAGAUGGCAUAGGAUCAAGUAUAUUUAAAGAUCAUGUUAUCAUGUCUAUUGAAGAUGGACGGGUCGUAACACGACUGCUUGAUGAUAGCAAUGAAAAUCUUGCUAAUCUUGCAAAAGUUUUGAACGGAUCCGAAAUGUUGGAUAGGACAAAGUACAAUAUACAUGGGAAGGAAUCAGUUUACUUCGUUAAAGGGAGAAAUACUGUCGGUUAUGAUCUACGUGUGAUCGGGGCAACAACUGAUACUAAUACUCGUCCACUUAUUGAGCGCAUUGACUUAACUGAUGACUUAACUGUUACGAUUCACACGAUAUACCCCGGACACACAAAUAAAUUUUCAAAUAUUGAUAUUCGCAUCCACAGCACGUACUUAGUUCUGAAUAUCAGAUACGGUGCAACACCAGCCGAAGAUCAAGAUCGCGUGAGACGACAUGUUAAACAGCGGGCUAUUCUUGAUGCAUGGAAUCGGGAACGUGACUUGCUUUUGCAAGGAAGAGUCGGCUCCAGAAUGUGGACGGAGGAUGAACGCAACAGCGUCAUACAAAACCGAUACGUGGAUGGUUACGAUGGGUAUUAUGCGCAGGACAUUGAUAAAUACCCAGAACUAAUCGAUGAUUGUAACAGCAUAAGACUAUUAACCUACCAAGAGGGUGAUGAACUUACUGCUUCGCAGUUGAGCGGAGAAAUGUAG